CGUUAAGGCUGUGGUGGUGGAUAUAAGUUUGAGUAGAAAAUAUAAAAUUUACUUUACUUUGGGCAAUUGAUGUCCUCUUCUGAAUUUCUUCCAAAGUCAGACACUUACAAAUUUUUGGCACCGUGGCUUGGAAAUAGUUUACUUCUUAGCUCUGGUAAGGAAUGGUACCACCGUAGGAAACUGCUGACAAAAGCUUUUCACUUCAAUAUUUUGAAGAAGUUUAUGGAUACAUUCAAUACAGAGACUGAACAUUUUAUCAAGCAGGUCGAAAAAGAAACUCUCGAAGAGCACACGGAUUUGUUUGCUAUUGUUGGUCCGGUGGCAUUGCGGGUUAUAAGCGAAACGGCAAUGGGUAUUUCACUUGGCGACGAGGAAGUUGCAUUCGACAAAUAUUUUCAAUCAAUCCUAGCUAUGGGUGAAUGCUUCAUCUCAAGAGUAUCCAAACUGUGGCUACACAACGAUUUCCUAUUCAAUCUUAGCAAGAUCGCGAGAGUACAACAAUGUUUAUUGAAACAUUUACAUGGAUUCACAGAAAAAGUGAUCGAAGAUCGACGCCAAUUAAUGAGGGAACCGAGAUUUAAGCAAGUUGAGAGUAGUCCUCCUUCUAACGAUAGGCAUUCGAAGAUGGUACUGAUAGAUUUGCUUUUGGAAAACGAAAAAUCUGGAUUAUUAGAUUCUGAAGGCAUCCGGGAAGAAGUUGACACUUUUAUGUUUGCGGGGUACGAUACCACAGCAAUAACAAUGUCGUUUUUCUUAAUGGCAAUAGCAAACGAGCCUGAUAUACAAGAUAAAAUAUACGAAGAACUGCGGCAGGUCAUUGGAGACUCACAGAGGCUUCCCACAAUGCAAGAGUUGAACGAAUUAAGAUAUUUGGAAUGUUGCAUAAAAGAGUCACUGCGUCUGUACCCGAGCGUUCCGUUCAUAGGCAGGAAGCUGACAAAAGAGACCGUUUUAAGUGGCUACACAGUACCUGCGAACACAACUUGCUUUAUUAUGAUCUACGAUCUACAUCGGCGAGCAGAUAUUUACCCUGACCCGGAGCGUUUCGAUCCAGACCGAUUUCUUCCAGAGAACAUCUCGAAGCGUCAUAUUUAUUCCUAUCUACCUUUCAGUGCUGGACUGCGAAAUUGUAUUGGGCAAAAGUUUGCGAUGCUGGAGAUGAAAAUGGUGCUGUCAGGUUUGCUGCAGAGAUUCCGAUUGGAACCGGUGACCAGACCUUCGGAUAUUGUUUUCAGAGCUGAUAUAGUUUUACGAACAUCAAACCCGAUAUAUGUUCGUUUUCGUUCAAGAAACUAAGUA